AUGCCGCAUCUCCCACAGAGUCCGCAGCAGACACACUCGGCCCCUCUGCUACCAGAACCGGUGCGGACGAGCGGUGGGUGCACGUACCUUAAGGAGGGGGGAGGCUGGGCAGGAGCAGUGGCAGCAGCAACGGUCAACGGAACGCACAGCUUCUCACGGGGGCAGGCUGGUGAGGAGGAGCAGUGGCGCAGACGGCACUCCCAAGACACCCGUGCAUCGGCGUGCCUGCGACAGAUCGAUCUACAACAGACAGUGGAGUCAUCUUGUUGCAAGAAAAAUGUUAUCUCGUGCUCGCCGAGUGCGAGAGAUGCUUGUGUCCAGAAGGAUGCGCACUCAGUUGCUGUGAUAGAAACAAGGGAUAACCUGCACGAGGUGGCGCCGCUGUCGUUAUCAUCAUCCGCAGCGGCUGCUACUACUGGGCCAACCGCGUAUGAAAUGGCUCUCGCAAAGUACGAACGGAAGCUGCUGCGCAUGACUCAGAAGCAACAACUUGUGGAAGGGAAGCAUCGCCAGGAAGUUCUGAGCCGUCGGAGGGCUGUGAAUGAGAAAUAUAGCGAGUUGAGCCGGCUACAGACUGCAACGGGUUCCGCGCGACGUGCAACAGUGAAUCACCGUGACGGCAGUGCACCGCGACGUCGACACGGUGACGAUGGCGUCGGCUCGCCGAGUACGGCGCCGAGAAAGGUCACUGCAGUAGAUGCUGCGGCGCGGAACGACACUCCGAGGGCAUGUACUUUGGAUGGUGCAUUGGAAGCGGUUGGCCACACAUCUCCAUCGCCCGCGGCGCAUUUAAGCAAUGCUGUCUCACGCAAGCGGAAAGGUGGCAAAACUGAAUAUGGUGUUGGUGGCGUGACAGCUAGCUGGGGUGAGGUUCCAGAAAAUAAAAUAGAUGUAGAGCCCACAGGAGGGGUGGGCGGAAAAGGCUGCAGCUGGGGCGACCCAAAUGCCGCCGCACAGCAGAGGACUGUGAAGGAUAUACGUUGCCCAGAAGGCUUUCUGCCCACUGCCACACCCUUGGCAGCACCGUCUCUCUUCUGUGGCAAGGCAGUGAUGGCAGACGAGGUGAUGGUGGCGGGGGGUGACACAUUCGACGGCCUGUGCUUCACCGCGCGUCCGUGGCGCACCCCGCCGCGUCCGC